AAAUGCAACUCAAAUCCAUGAAGAGUUAGUGAACGUAAAAGGAGAACAAGCAUUAUCUAUCAGCAUAAUUAGAUGCUGGAUUGCUAUAUUCAAAAAUGGAGAAGAAGAAAUUAAAGAUAAUGCCUUUUCUGAACAUCUUCAUGAAGCAGUGACAUCAGAAAAAAUUUUCAGGAUUGAGAAUCUUGUUAGUGAUGAUCUGCAUAUUUCUAUUAAAGAAUUAACUAAUGAAGUUG